AUGGAGCACUAUGCUUUGCAAGCUCAAAGAAGAGAUAUGAAACAUAAAAGGAGAAAUGUUGUGUGGUCAAUUGCAAUGGACAAGUGUCUAACUGAAACCCUAGCCAUUCAAGCAAAAAAUGGGAACAAAAUUGAAAAAUGUUUCAAUGAAAAUGCAUAUAUUGCUGCUUGUGUGGCUAUGAACACCCGUUUCAACUUAAAUUUGAAUAAUCAGCAAGUGAUCAAUUGUCUGAAGACAAUUAAGAAGGGGUAUAAAGUAAUGAAAGAUAUGCUCAGUCAAGAUGGUUUUUGGUGGAAUCCAAAUACAAAAAUGAUAGAGUGUGAUAGUGAUGAGAUCUGGAAGAGAUACAUUGCAGCAUACCCUGAUGCAAGAGGAUUCUAUGGGAAGAACAUAGAGAUGUAUGAGGAGUUUAAAAUUGUAUGUGGAAACUACCAAGCCCCCAGUCGUUGGGCUAAGAGAAAGGAUGAAAAGCAUGUAAUGGACAUAAAGACUUGUGAUGAUGAAUCAGCCUUCUUUGUGUCUUGGACAUCAGAAGACAUGAGCGAGAUAGAUAGAGUAACUGAGUCAUACACUGGGCCUUCAGAGCAUGACCAGGUGCCUGAUGGUUUUGAAGAGCCUCCUUUAGUUGAGCCUCUUUGACAUCUUCUCCAUCGGCCUCAUAGCUCCGACGCUCUUCAGGAUGCAUUGAUGGCUGUAGCUUCAAGUAUUAGACACUUGGUUGAUUCAGCGAAGCAAAAAAAAAAAAGCUCAAUUGAUGCCAAUAAGCUGUUGCGGGCUGUGAUGGAAAUCGACAGAUUAGAAGAGGGGAGAUAAAUGUAUGCUUUUGAAUAUUUGAAUAUAGAUCCUAUCAAAGCUAGGGCCUUUAUGACAUACAAUCCAUAGAUGAGAAAGAUAUACCUAUUUAGACAGUUUUGGUGGUGGAGGUGA